CGUACUGAGUGUUGACGAGGAGCCAAGCCGUAGCACUACAGUUCGAAGUUUUUCAGUUGAGGGAAGCAACUUGCACAUAAUGAUAGAAGCUUCGGAUAGGAAAUCACUGCAGAAAUCAUUGGCUAAUCUACUUGAUAUGUGCAGUCUUGCCAAAUCUACGAUAGACUUGGCAUUACAGAAAAAGUGGAUCUCAGUUAGCGAACCUGUGCAAAAGAAGUUGAAGAAUUGCUCCCAUUGA